UGCAGUAUGGCGGCCACGCGGCGCAAUUGGUGGAUUGGGCUUUUACAACCGUUCCAGGUGGCAAGGGGGUGCUUUGUGCUGUUUUGGCGUCUAUGGCUAUGUCUCCACCUUCCAGGAAAUGCAGGACUGAAAAUGAAAACAUGGAUCGCCAACUGCGUGACAGCUAGCCGAUGAAAGAAAACGAGAUAUGUCAUCACUUACUUUAAAUGUUGCUAUGGUAUUCUUAACAUUAGCUGGAGCAACAGUGGUUGUAGCAGUGCUCAGCGCUCCCAGAAAUGUUCAGCUCAGCUCCAUGAACAUGAAUUUGGUGCUGAGAUGGGAUUCACCUGAGGGGGAGUCCAGCGACCUAAUCUUCACCACAGAAUGCACGACUUCUGUCCGAACGUGUCCCGUGGGUUGUGUGAACAUCUCAACCCAUGAAUGUGACUUCAGCAGCUUCAACACCUCCCUCAGUGUGUAUGGAAGGUAUAGAGCCAGGGUGCGGGCACAGCGAGGGGCAGAGAGCUCUUCUUGGGUGGAAAGUGAUCCGAUCACCUUGGACAGUGAGACUAUAAUUGGUGCACCCAAUGUGUGGCUCUUUUCUCAUGGAGCUACAAUUGAAAUUGCAAUUAAAGAUCCGGAAUUUGCAAUGUCAGACUUCAGGAGCAUCUAUAGUACUGCCACCUACAACAUCACCUUCUGGAAAGAUGGCCAGAAUAAGAAGACAAAAAGCAUCAGCUGUGACAGAAGAAACAGAGUGUUUCUAAAUGACCUGGAACGCUGGAGCAAUUAUUGUGUCCAGGUACAAAUCACUGCAGAAGGGAACACGAAGCCCAGUAAGCCAAGCAGUACAGUUUGUGAGCGCACCACCAGUGCGGACGCGCCAUGGGUGCCGGCAGUGGUCACGUUUCUCAUCAUGACAGCCGCAGUAACUCUUGUGGUAUUUGCAGUGGCUUAUCGGAGAAGGGCUUCCUAUUUUCUUUGUCCAGAAGAUCAAGUGCCUCAGUACCUGUUGGCAACCCCCUGCUCACCUCUCUACUGGGCCAUGCAUAACUCUGACCAACCUGAGGAGAUCUACAAUUCGGUCAGUGUCAUUGCAGAGGAUAAGUCUGUGGAGUCAAGAUGGGAGGAACCUGGAGGAAUUGCUGACCACCACAUGCUGAAAAUUUUUCCUGAGACAUUAUGCAAAUGCCACCAGGUGUAAAGGUGCAAAAGAUUAGCUGAUGGCGUUACCUCCAAUUGCACCUGCAACAUCUUAAUUUCCCCCACCUGGAAAUGAUGGACUCGGUUUUAUUUUUAAAUUGCUUCAUCAGAUUUAACAGUCAUAGCUAUAAUAUUGGAAAGGCAGUUAUUUUGAAAACGUUUCGACGAGUUGACAAUAAGAAGCAACUGCCAAGGUUUACAGCAGCACGAACUCCAGUGUGUACAGAAAUGUGUGCUCCUUGUUCAAAAACUGAGUUAUUCAUUUUGCGAUUAUUAUGGUUCCUUACCACCUGCUUGAUGAGAGAACAAGGUUAGGAUUAUAUUUUUGGCAUGUCUAUCUUUAUAUCUUUAGAUCAUAUCUUUUGUUGGGUUUUAUGAGAUUUAUAACAUGCUGCUAAACUUUGCAGUUUAGCGAUUCCACUUGAGAGCCACAAUGCUCUUUUGUAAUAGAUAGCAAUAUAGUUUGGAAGGCUCAGCGUAAAUAUAAAUUUAAAGGUAAUUAUAAUAUGCAUAUUUAAUUUCGUUUCGUGAUUAUUAUCAAAGGGAAAACGCAAUGUUAAAAGUAGUCGUAAAUACGCUGAAUAAAUGCACAGUACUAGCAUAAAGUAAAGAAUGAUUUGGCUAAGGGGUAAAAUUCUACGCUUAAUAGUAAUUUACACAAGGUCUCAUGUACUGAAAUGAACUGAAACAUACUGUUAAAAAUUGCUGAUUGUGUUUGUUUAUUCCUGUAGCUCUAAACAUAUCGUUCACAGACAAGGAGAUUAAUAAACAUUGUGAACUAUCAGUUUGAGCGACCGUCUUUUCAACCAGGGAUGGACCACCUCCAGCUCUGCUUCACUUUGUCUCUUCACUGCCACUGCCUCCAAUCCUUACGCCAUGGCUGGCCUCACCACUUUUUUAAACGUUGCCCUUCAUUCUAGCAGAGACGCUUCUGUUACCUGACAUCCUCCACCAGCUGUUCCAACCUGCUUGAACCUGUUUCUUCACUUCCUGACUACACUCAGCAUUGCUCUGGAUUGUUGACCCCAAGUAUCUGAAGUCGUCUACCUUUACUAUCACUUCUCCCUGUAGCCUGACCCUUCCCCCUCCACCCCUCUCAUUCACACACAUACAGUAUAUUCUGUUUUACUUAAGCUAAACUUAAUUACUAUCUUUUCCAGUGCAUGCCUUCACCUUUCUAACUAUUCCUCCACCUGCUUCCUGCUUUCACUGCAGUUUACGCAAUUGCAAACAUCAUGGUCCAAGGGGAUUCCGGUCUAACCUCAUCUGUCACCCUAUCCUUAACCGCUACCAACAGAGGGGGCUCAGAGCUGAUCCCUGAUGCAGUCCCACCUCCACCUUAAAUUCCUCUGUCAGACCUACAGCACACCUCACCACUGUGAGCAGGUGAGGCUGGGGGACACCACCUCAUCCACAUGCACUAUCACCACCGGGGCACCCCAUGGUUGUGUCUUCUCCCCUCUACUCUUCUCUCUCUACACAAAUGACUGCAUCUCGU